AUGGUCAAAGAUACAAAACUUUAUAACUUGCUAGGUGUUGAGCCAACUGCGAAUGAAACAGAGAUUAAAAAGGGUUACAGGAAACAGGCAUUAAAAUAUCACCCUGAUAAACCAACAGGUGAUACUGAAAAGUUCAAAGAAAUAUCCGAAGCUUUUGAUAUUUUAUCCAAUGCAGAUAAGAGAGAAGUGUAUGACCAAUAUGGUCUAGAGGCAGCUAGAGGUAAUGCACCAGCAGCAGAUGCUGGUAAUCCAUUUGGAGGAGCCGGAGGUGCUGGUGCUGGUGGCUUCAACUUCGGAGGAGCAGGUGGAGGCGGUGGCUUUAGAUCAGCUGGUGGUGGCUUUUCACAAGCAGAUGCAUUCAACAUCUUCUCACAAAUGGGAGGCUUCGGUAUGGGAGAUGACGGUUUCACUUUCAGUCUGAGUGGAUUCGGAGGUGGUGCUGGUGGAUCUCCAUUUGGUGGCGGUGGGUUCAGAUCAGCCGGUGGUGGUGGUGGAAUGCCAGGUGGAUUUGGCGGACGUCAACAACCAAGGCCAGAACCAGACACUGUAUCAAUACAACUUCCAGUAUCAUUGGAGGACUUGUAUAAAGGUGCCACCAAGAAGAUGAAAAUCACCAGAAAAGAUUCCAGUGGAACCAGAGAACAGAAAGUGUUAGAGGUUAAUAUAAAACCGGGUUGGAAAUCCGGUACCAAAAUCAACUUUGCCAAUGAAGGUGAUUACCAGCCUGAAUGCGGUGCAAGGCAAACAAUACAAUUUGUUAUACAAGAAAAACCAAACCCAACAUUCAAGAGAGAUGGCAAUAACAUUAAAAUGAAUGUGCACUUAUCAUUUAAAGAGUCACUUUGUGGAUUUGAAAAAGAUGUAACCACAUUGGAUGGAAGAAGAAUUUCAUUAAGCAGAUCAAGUCCUGUGCAACCAAACUCAACUACCAACUACCCAGGUUUGGGAAUGCCAAUAAGUAAAAGCCCCGGUCAAAGAGGCGAUUUGGAAAUCACAUACAAAGUCGACUAUCCAUCAUCAUUGACACCAGUUCAAAAACAAGCCAUCUUGGAUAACUUUUAA